GAUUGUGUAGCGCCGCGCGGCGCGCGCUAUACAGUCUUUGGACAUGACCUACGCUGGACCGGCUAGGCCAGUGACAACAUAAACAUAUGUUGAACAAAAGUGCCGGCUGUGCAUCGUGUGAUGACUGUGGGAGUUGCUUGUCUUUCUCGUGAAAAUCCACCAGCAGGACCAGGCUGCCACCAUGGGAGCUGUAGUGUCAUCGACUAAUGGCGGUGAUCACGGUGGCAUUGUUGCAGAAUUAACACAUCCAAUGAAAGGUGAUUGGCUAAGUCAACAUGUCGUGGCUUGCAAUGUGUCUAAGCAUGAGGCGGCACAUUUGUGGGAGCGGUUUAAAGAACUGGGAUGCAAUGAGGAUGGAGAACUCAGCGGAGAGACGCUGAGAACAGCUUGCAGUGCCAACACUAUGGCGGCCAAGAUUUUGGAGAUGAUGCCCAGAUCUAAAGACAACGUGUUGACAUUCCAGACGUUUUGCAACAUGUCGCGCUGGUUGGCGGAUGCCAACAUUGAAAAGAAAAUAAGAGCUGUGUUCCAGUGUUUGAAUAAGGGCCACGCUCUUGACCUAGCCAUCGUGACUGACAUUUUGAGUGAGAUUUAUUGUGACGAGAGCAAGGAGGUCAUUGACAGAUCGGCCAAGGUUUUUAUACAUCAGGUGGGCGAUAUCGCAUCCCACUCCAUCAGUGAGCAACAGUUUGUCAACUGGGCCAUGGAACUACCCCAGGACACGCUGCAGACCAUCAUGGACUUCAAGUGCUCUCCUAAUAACGACACCGUAGAGCAGGCCUCCAGCAGCAACCCCGUCACAGGAUCCAAGAGAACGCCCACUACCAAAGAUAUGCUUAAAGUGUCCAGAAUGGCCAGCCGUAAAGACUGGAUGCUGCUGGCUAACAAGCUAGGCUUUACUCAGGACGAUAUAAAUCUGAUCAAGGAAGAGGCACCUGGAGACGCCAAAGAACAGGUACAACAACUGCUGUUGCUGUGGACGCAGAGGAAUGGGGAGCAGGCCACUGUGUCUGUUCUAAGGGAAGCACUGCAAGGCAGCAGGAUGACAGAGAUUGCUGACAGUCUGGACACCAGUGCUUGAUGAGUGCUUGCCAGUGAACCAUUUAAAACAUAAUAAUAGCAUGCCAUACUGUCCAUUCCAGACUUUGGAGUCUGGGUACCUAACAGGCUCUUUUGUGUUCCCAUGGGCAUUGGGGCCACCACUUAUUCACCCAACACCCGUGACACCUCAAGAUGCUUCUGCUAACAACCCUCUCAAAUAUUGGUCCAAAUCCUCCUCAAGCAUGCUUAGAUGAACUAUUGGCACACCUCUGCAGAGGAUAGUUGUGGUCAUGACAUUGUCCAGUUGUGUACGACCCACAGCGCAAAACGCUUACACUGUAUGCAAAACAAUGUCAAAUGUGAGUCAAGUCUAAUGUUUUUAAUGUCAAAGCAGGAUUUCAAAGUCAAUAUUUUAGGUGAAAAAGUGAUUUUGAAAUUGUCUUGACAAGGUCUUACCCCCUGUUCAGUAGAUUGUCCUGAAAAGUUGUACACGCAAGACGGUCAUGCCAACUAGUAUUUGUUCAUGUUAGCCUGGUAUUGAUAUUGCAGGUCAGUUUGGAGUUUCCUGUUCUAAGGAUGUUUGUUAAAUGCUGUUCAACUCAGACGCUGUUCUUUCUAUUGUUGUACAGAAACAGAGUGUUAUUUUAAGAGAAGUCUUUUGGCUCUAACAAAUUAUAUUGUACAUUUUGAAAUAAAUGUUGUCUUUUGCGAUGGUUAAUGGAGCCUAGUCUAUCUUGGCCCUACACGGUCUAUCUGUAAAAACAGGGGCAUAUCCAGGGAGAACUACCCCGCCGCUAGAGUUUACGCAUUGGUGGUGCUUAGAGUCUGUUCUUUUUUUUAAUAUUGUUACAAUGAGUGCACAAAGGAAGAAAGAAAUACCCUCUAAUGUGACAUCAUAUGUACAGAGCAGAGGGGCUUGUCCAAAAAAACAAUCCGAAACAAAACAAACUCAUAAAGCUCAACCUUUAUGAUGUCAGAACAGAGGAACUUUGGAUUUCCCUUCCCUCGCUGACAUCAAAAACUGAAUAUGCAAGUGUUUGGGGGAUACACUAAACCCCCCAAAAAUGUGUAUUCAAUUUUAUGGAGUGUGACUCUUUCAACAACUCUUUUUGUAUGUGUGCUGUAAUUUGAGGUCUUAAAAAGAUAUGUAAAUGUUUUUGCCUUAGAGGGAGUUGUUUUACGUGCAAUAAUAUUUGAAUUGAAGGCAGUUUAAUCUUUUAUUAAUUGCUGUCUAUUUCCAAAGUUAAAAUGAGUUAAUUGCUUUAUUGUUUGAGUGCAUUUCAAUUUUACAUGUAUAUUACCUUUUGUGGCAAUUCUUUAGACGAUUUAUUGUACAUAAAAACAGAGGGAAUUUUAUGAGUUACUUGUACAUGUCUUGUUUUAAAAGUUACACGGUUGGUACAGCUUUGUCAUUCAAAUUAAUGUAUUUUCCAACGAAUGUUGAAAAUUUGAAGUAGUAUUAUGGAGGUACUAGCUGCAUAAAGUAAUGAUAAACACUGGACAUACAUGUACAUGUAGGUCAACAGGCAUUUGCUGCAGUUAGGUCAGUAUACAGAAGUUAAUAGUCAUAGGUCAAGAAGCGUAUGUAGUUGCAACUUUAAAUUUGUUUCGGUACUGUGGGCUCCAUUGACAGUGUCAUUACGUUGGACACCGAAGUAAAAAAUGUUGACACUUGGAGCAGGAUGCAAUUAUUUUGGGGGUUUUUUUUACCAGUUCAUUUUGUCCAUGAUGCUUUGAAGAUACUUUUUCUCUUCCAAAAUAAAUCAUCCCCAACCUAUCCCCACUGGUGGCAAAAAAGUGUGUGGGGGGCACUUUUUUGACUGGGGGGCAUGCCCCCUAAUGGGAUGGCCAGUGGGGCUUCAUGGAUCAGCCUAUUAAUGGCUGAUGAAUGAUGGUCUAACAACUGCCCCCCCCACAUUUCAGUUCGGUUCAUUUUAUUUCCUGGCAUUUAUACAUGUCAAAACAGUGAACCCAUUAACACUUUUAAAUGAAGCAAGUAAUCGAUAGUAAGUGGAGAGGGUCUCCAAAAAGCACAGCUUGUAAAUCAGGGACCCCCUUGGAAUUGAAAAUCGUUCCGCCGCUGCUGCCUACCCCUCACAUAAAAGUAACUUUUUAAAUGUCUGUUCGCUAAUCUCUUUUUCCCUCAGAUUGUGCCCUCAGCGGGCUGCAAUAAAAAGAAACGGAUAUGUCACCUCUCUCACAUACCACAGCUCUGCUACAUGUAUGUGCCUCUUUCAUUCAAGAAAAUAAAUUUGAGCAUCUGCAAACUUA